AUGACCGAGAGAAAUGUAUCAAAAGUUGUUAGCAUCGUCCCAAUUGUUGGUUCAGUAUAUCAACUAAUUUCUUCUGGUGUUUAUUAUGCGUUAGAGAAGCCAAAUAACGCAAAAGAACGACUUAUAGAUGGGACUGCUGGUCUUGCUUUAGAUAUAUACUAUGGGUAUAGCAGUUACUGGAGCGAGUAA